AUGAAUUUAAAAGGAAAAGUAGUGAUAGUGUCAGGUGCGGGCUCCGGCAUUGGUGCAAAAACAGCGGAGUUUUUCUCUCGUGCAAAUGCUAACACUGUGCUUGUGGACAUGAACGAGGCCAAAAUGAAGAACGUUUCGGAGAAAUGCAAAGCGUUCGGUGCGGAGCUCAUCGUAAUUAAAGCUGACGUCUCCAAUAACGAGGACGCUAAGAGGAUCAUCGACACUACAUUAAAAAAGUUUGGGAAAAUUGACGUGCUAGUUAAUAGUGCAGCUGUUGCAUGCUACGGCAGUAUUUUAGAUGAAACCUUCAUGAAAUCAUACGACGGUAUGGUUAAUAUAAAUCUUCGGGCAAUUUUGCAGCUGACAUGUUUAGCUGCGCCAUAUCUAAUCAAGACAAAAGGGAACAUAGUUAAUAUUUCAAGUGUAGCUUCAAUGCAGACCUCUAGAAAUAUUGGAGCUUAUGCCACUCUUAAAGCGGCUCUUAAUCACUUCACUAGAACAGCCGCAGCAGAGUUGGGCUGUUCAGGGGUGCGCGUUAAUGCUAUAUCCCCUGGUCCUACUUAUACUGAUAUAAUAAAGAACAGCGGAGCCCCUUUUACAUUUGAAGAUUUGAAAAGUGCCACUUUAUUGAACAGAAUAUCAGAACCCGACGAAAUUGCCGAUCUUAUUUUGUACUUAGCCAGUGACAAAUCUAAAGGUAUCACCGGUUCGAAUUUUGUUAUCGAUAAUGGAAAUCUGCUGAUGUAGACAGUCCACCAGGUUCUGUCACCGAAUGAACCAUAACUAG